ACAUUACUAAAGCAUUACAUUAAAUUAGCUACAAAACGGAAUGCAUUGCUAUGAUAUUCGUACAUCUAUGAUUACAACAUUGCAUAAUUGCCCGACUGUCCAGGCCUCACACUUAUUGAUGCCGUAGCAUUUGAAAAAUAGUUUUUUAACAGAAUAUAAAUUUUAUCACAUACAAUUAACAAACUUCAAAUUUCCCUCUUUGUUAACAUGUCAAGGUUCUACAUUUACUAUUAUUCAGUGCAUACUUAUUUAAAAUUGAAAAUGAUAAGAUCCUCCACAAAUAUCUUGCCCAGGAUAUCAACUUAAGAAAUUUCGGCACUAGGUCUUUAAAAGUGAUAUAAAAAUGUAUUUCAAUUUCAUCUACACUUAUCUACUAGCUUAUUAAGAGUUAGAAAUUCGUUCAGGUAAGAGGUCUUCAAAGUAAAGUCUUGCAAAACGAAAAUUGUUUUAUCUUUGAGAACUUGAUAUUUAUAUGGAAGAAGAAGGUAAUAUGUUUGUAUGGCUGAUGGUUAACAAGUGUGUCUUUAGCUAGGACAACGACCAACCGCCAAUGAUUUAACAACUUAUGCAAAGUACAUGAGGCUACUCACUGACAACUUGCAACCGCUUAAAUCAAAACCCUAGUCUUCAUCAAGAUAUGUCCACUACUACUGUUUUGUGGCAAAGUUCAGUUUGACGAGUGUCUCAUCCGUUCAUGAGAAUGGAAGGGGGUAAACAGAUUCGUUUAAUGAUACAAUAACGUGUGGGACGUAUGAUGAAAGAAAUGUUUCUGAAGUGACUGUGAAGUACACGAAACUUCCAAUAGUUAUUAUGAAAGAUUCGCGAAAGAUAGUUCAUUGCACGAUAGACAGUUGCAAUUUCACUAAAGAUUUCAGAGAAAUAGUUGAAUGUAACAUUACAUUGGACAAAAUUAACUAUCAGCUAAAGCUGAAAUGUUUACAACGAAAUGCAGAUUGGACUCCAGUUGGACUGUGGUCAUUACUCGUCAAAAAUAACGAUAUGAUUUUUAUAGAAAGUGGAAGAUGCAACUUGUAUUUAUACGCUAAACCACAGAAAGUCAACUGUACUUAUAUUGAAACAUGCGAAAUAAACUCAUUUGUAAUUUGUAGUAUUGAGAAAAUAUUUCCACAAGCAAUAUGUAAAUUUUACGUAUCUAGCCAGCAGAAACUGAAUAAUGAAGUAUUCCAUAAUCAUACUGCUAUUAAUAAAACUGUUACUUAUUAUCAUACAUUGUGUAAAAUUGAAAUAAAGAAACAAAUAGGGUUUAAUUACCUAAGAGAUUUAAAUGUAGAAGUAUUUCCAAAUGCCUCUAAUUCAAAGGAAGACGAGACAAUAAUAAACAUAAAAACUUUUGUGGUCAACAUUAUAAAGGGCUCUGAGUGUCAAGAAAUUACAACACUAGACUUUCAAGAUAAUGAGAAAUUAACAAACUAUAGUUCGGAAACUUUUUCGCCCAAUGGUUUUACUGAAAUAUUUAAUACUACAGAUCUCAGCACCAGUUUUACAAAGACUCAAAGCGACAAUAUUUUGAAGAUCAUUGCAUUUGGUAUUGUGGGAAGUUGUGUGGCGCUAACUUUACUGAUGUGUCUUAUUUAUAAUUUAUGUUUUCGUGUUUACUACAGAUUGAAAUUUACAUUUAAUACAGAUAAAAAAAUGUCAAACUGUUGCAAACAUGCAGAACAGGUGGACAAUAGUGACAUUUAUUUAUUAAACAAAUUAAAUCGUACUAAGCUAAAAGACAUCCCUAUCGAAGGUAAGCCUAUGAAGAUGAACGCCAACAGAGAAACUUUAGGAUCACUUCCAGAUCAUUACUGUACCAUAGACAGAACAUCAUACAGUAGGAAAGCGACAACAGUGAAACAGUCAUCUAGAGACACUCUAGACUUCGACCCUUACUCCACUAUUGAGGAAUGCUUAGUUGACAUGAAAUGCAACAAAUUAAUCAGCUCUCAAUUUGGAAUCACGGAGAACAUAAUUACAUCUUCUGUUAUUAUAAUAUCCGACAAAUCAAAGGAUGAUGUACCUAUAGAACGUGUUUCAAAACGUCUACUAGAUGGUAACAUUUAUGAAAGCAUUGCUUGAUACUACUACUAUUAUUUUUAUUUAUUAUAUAAAAGGCAGGAAAAUGUAUUAUGGAUAGAUAUAAAAAUAAUGGCUUGUAUUUCAAAUAUUAUCAUGCCAUUGUAUAAAUGAAAUAUUAUUAAAUAGUUUGUGUAAUUACUUGAUUUUGUGUAAAAUUCCUUCCUAUAGUAUCAGUAUAGCAUGUUUAGUGUAAUUGGUAGUACAUAUAGAAAAUAGAAGUAAUAAACUGGUAAAAAGUC